CGUCGCUCUUCGCCGUUCUUAGGUUCAAGUGACAGUGGAUAACUAGAUUGUUUUUUUUUCUGUUUGUGUUCUCGUGUGGUCCCGGGAUUCUUCGGUGUGAUUCGGUACGUGUCGGAAGGGGCUCGUCUGUCUGUAACCGCCUAGAGCGAAAACCAGCGCGGGACAUCUCGUCCGUCGUCGAUUAGCGAAUUACAAUAGGAUCCAGUGUUGUUGUGUUGCGGUUUUGGCACACGCACAUUAACACACACCCCUGUCAGUGAAAAGGGUUAAUCAACUCUCCGCUGGUUUAGUUUAUCAAAGAAGUCGUUUAUGGUGCUCAGCAGGUUGAUCCCACUAGUGAAUGAAGAAGUUAUGAAUAGUGCUAGUAGUGCUCGACAGGAUUCCCUGACCUUGGGGGAACAGCUGAAGGCCUCCUCCGGAUUGAAUGGUGAUCGAAAGGGGGAAACGCUUGCCGCCAAGUUGUCCAGCGGUGGAGCAGCCCUUGUUGAAACAGGAGGAGGGGCUAUAGCAGGUGCAGCCGUGCUACUGAACAAUCAUAACAAUAACAACAACACUAUAGCAGCGAUCAUGAAUGCCAACAAUCAUAACAACAAGUUGGCGAGCAUGGCGAGUUCAUCGGUUGAGGACAACAAACUUGGCGCCGGUGAUAAGGAGAAGCUCACCAAGGCAGUCAUGAAGGUGUUCGAGGAGUACAAGUGGACUCCGCCCACUGCCGUGGUCAAAUCACCGACAGAUAAGAAGAAAAACCACAUCAAACGGCCGAUGAACGCAUUUAUGGUGUGGGCCCAGGCCGCCCGCCGGGAAAUGUCCAAACAGGAACCGAAGCUGCAGAACUCGGAGAUCAGCAAGGAUCUCGGCAAAAUGUGGAAGAACCUUGCGGUCGAAGACAAGCAGCCAUUCAUCGAGCAAGCCGAGAAGCUGCGGAUGACCCACAAGAAGCAGCACCCGGACUACAAGUACCAACCGCGGCGGAAGAAAUCCAAAAAGUUCGGCAAACAUGGAAAGCACUGCUGCGACGAGGAGUGCGAUGAAACGAGUCAGAGUCCACCGCCGUCAGCCGCGGAGAUAACACCGAAGCCUCGGAUCCGGAAGACUCCCGUCAACAAGUCGGCCGCUAAAGGUGGAUCUACAAAUCAGGGAAAGAAUGCGCCUUCCUCCAGUGUUCCGGUGGGAAUAAGCUAUGAAAUCAUCCAGGGUAGCCAAGGUUUGAAAUUGGCUCAGGGAUCGGAUGUGCUGACUCCGGCUUCUUCGACGUCAUCUUCGGUGGAACAAAACUUCGGAUACGGUGCGAUCAACAAACUGGAUAAUAGCGUUGGGGGAACUCGAUUUUACGGAGGCAUGUCCUGUGAUAUGAAGUCUCCGGGUAGCCCUCUGAGUCCGAGUGGAGCAUCGGUUAAUUCUUCGACGGAAGGUCAACCACUGACACCUCCUACUACGCCUUAUACGGGUUUGACGAAUGUCAAGUCCUUCUCACCACAUUCUCGACUGUCCAACAACGAUUCACCGGUUGGAUAUUACAGUCGCUCCGAAUACGUAAAUGGUCCUACAGUAGUUGAUUAUCGUAGCAGCGAAGCUCAGUGGAAUACGUUGCACCUCAACAGCGCAAGCUACUCGAGUAAUUCAGCUUUUUCCAGCCAGAAUGGCAUGAAGGAAUUCUACCGAUCAUUCCCCAAUCAAAUACACCAAAUCCACGAUCCCAGCUCAAACUACCACCUUUCGACGCUGCAGCCGACUCUCUCCUCUUCACCGAUUCCUAAUCUACCGCCGGAUUACACUAGCCUAUCACCAUCGAUUCCCAACCAAAGUUAUCUCGUUUCACCCUUGGAUCAGGACCAAGUUGACAUCGAGCAGUACCUCGACAGCCAAGCACUGGCCAAGAAAAAUCUCUCUCUACCCGAAUCUGUGCUUCAACAUCAACACCUUCACUCGCACCAUCAAUCGUCCAUCGAAAUGGAAUCGCUAGGCCCAGCGAUCACCAACACCGGUUCUUCUCCACAGCUACACCACGAUAGCACCGGAAUUUACUACGAAAACAUUCACCCUUCGACGAACCCACUUACAAACGGCUCGACCGAAGCAACCUCAUCAUCCAUGGGAUCUCCGGGAUCAUCGACCGUGCAGCUCCUGCAUUCGCAUCAUCACUAUCAUCAUCACCACGCUGCUGCUGCUCAUCUGCACGCCCAUCACAGUCUGACGCAUUCGUCUUCUUCGACAGCGUCGCCACCACCAGCGUCUCAUCACCUUCAACAACCCCAUCAGCACCAUUCGGCUAUGAGUUCAGGAAUUUCUAGUAAUGGCAGCAGCACUUCCCAUUUGCCGUCGUACUACAACAGCUGGGGUGCUACCACAGGGACGCACCAUGGGACCUACGGUUCCGAUUCGUGAUUUGAUCCUCACUAUCGUUAAUCAUAGGUCACAUGGGAA